CAGGAGCAACGAAAUGAUCUGCCCUGGAGCCGCAGCAAAAUGCUGGAUGGACACCUACUCCUGGGAUGGUUAUCGUUCACACUCCUAGUCUAUGUCAUCCACUUGCCGCCACCCAGCGCAGCCUACUUCGGGCUGACAGGUAAUGAGCCGCUGUCUAUCCUGCCACUGAACUCUCUACCGGAUGAGAACGUGGGCCGGGCCCACUACAAGCUGUGCGACCGGCUCAAACUGGAAAAGAAGCAGCGCAGGAUGUGCAGACGUGACCCGGGCGUGGCCGAGACCCUGCGAGAGGCCAUCACCAUGAGCGCCCUAGAAUGCCAAUACCAAUUCCGCUUCGAGAGGUGGAACUGCACCUUGGAAGGGCGCCACCGAGCCAACAUACUCAAGAGAGGAUUCAAAGAGACGUCUUUCUUGUACGCCAUCUCCUCGGCGGGUCUGACCCACGCCAUGGCCAAAGCUUGCAGCGCGGGGCGCAUGGAGCGCUGCACGUGCGACGAGGCCCCCGACCUGGAGAACCGCAAAGCGUGGCAGUGGGGCGGCUGCGGGGAUAACCUCAAAUACGCCAACAAGUUUGUCAAGGACUUCCUGGGCAAACGCUCCAACAAGGACCUCCGCGCUCGCGUGGACAUGCACAACACCAACGUCGGCCUGAAGGUAAUCAAGGCUGGUGUGGAGACCACCUGUAAAUGCCACGGGGUCUCCGGAUCCUGCACCGUCCAGACCUGCUGGAGGCAGCUGAUGCCCUUCCACGAGAUCGGCAAGCAGUUGAAGCAGCGCUAUGAGACCUCAGUCAAGGUGGGGAGCUCCACCAAUGAGGCCACGGGAGAGGGAGACAUCUCCGCCUCAGGACGAGCUCAACACCAGCAGCAGCAGCAGCAGCAGCAAACCCCUCAGCAUCCCCACCACCACAUGUCCGGUCUUAGUGACCAGAUCCCCCGCACCAUGGACCUGCUCCACAUCGAGGACUCACCCAGUUUCUGCCGGCCCAGCAAGUACUCGUCGGGCACAGCGGCUCGCAAGUGCUACAAGGACAAAAACUGCGACGCCAUCUGCUGCGGGCGGGGCCACAACACCCAGAGCCGGGAGGUGACGCGGCCCUGCCAGUGCCAGGUGCGCUGGUGCUGCUACGUGGAGUGCAAGCAGUGCACGCAGAGGGAGGAGGUCUACACUUGCAAGGGCUAACAUCGACACAAGGGAGAGGAAGUUGUGACACUGUUCUCUGACGCCAUAAGCACUUUGAGGGAUUUUUCUGUUUUGUUCGGGGGUUUUUUUUUGUUGUGGCUUUGCGAACUUCUCCUCAGACAACUGGGUAAACAGCUCAAGCCUUCCAGACGACAAAUGUUCCUUAUAAAAGAAUGCAACCUUUUCACAUGCGAGCAUAGCCAAGGGACUCAAAGAAGAACGACGCGUGCGAAAAGGUCAGCUCCAUCGACGACUUCUACGGAAUAUUCAGACAGGGUGUAAGAAUUUACACGCACAUCCUUUACACGCGCACACUUUGUGUGUUUGCAUAUGCAUGUACAAAACUUCAUAUAGCGUUAUAUAAAUAUAUUGUAAAGACAUUAUACAAGCCACUUAUCUAACUUUACGUUAAGAGAAACCACUAACUGCACCGACGCUUUUGCCGUUUGUGUGACUGUUCCCGACUUAUGCAGACGAGGAUACUUUUUUUUUUAGGACUUCUCCCUUCCGCUUGGAGGGAAAACAAAUGUUUUUGUUUUUUGAGUAUUCAAUACAUUUGCAGAUGUUAGGUUGCAUAUUUGCUGGACGCUAUAGUAGGGACACCUGUACAAACUAAUGAGAUCCAAUACAAGAGCGUCGUUCAAAAGUGGGGAUUGUUAUAAAAUAUUAGUAUCAGCUUUCAUGCGGUGCUGCAGAUGUAUGCCACUGCAGUCCAUCCAUCCAUCUUCUUCCGCUUAGCCCAGGGGUGUCACACUCAUUUUAGAUCGGGGGCCACAUAGAAAAAAAACCUAAUCUCAAGUAGGCCAGACUGGUAAAAUAACGGCACCAUAACUUAAAAAUAAAGACAACUUCAGAUUGUUUUCUUUGUUUAAAAAUAGAACAAGCACGUACUGAUAUUGUACAAAUCCUAAUGUUUUGUUGUUUUUCUUUACACUUACAUGUUGCGGUUAAUAGUAUUCUAUCUUAAUUUGUCGUUAUUUACACUUUCUGAAUAAAUUAUGUGAUAAUGUUCAUCAGUCAACUCAUUGGUGGUAAUUUUCAAUCUAUCAAGAUAAAAAAAUAAUAUCAAAAUCCAAUUACAGUAUGUUAUUUAUGUAGUUUGAUCAUUUUCCUCGACUGAUGUACUAACAUCAUGUGGUUUAUUUUGUACAUAUGUAGCAUCAUCUACAAAGAUACAAAGAAUUGCUAUUUCGACAUGCAGUGGACACAUUUAGAACAGAAGUUUCUUUCAUUCAAACAUUUCAGGUUAAUUUUUAUACUUAGCAAACUCAUCCCGUUCGCGCACCUGAUCCGGGCCCCGGCCCGUACCGUUGACACCCCUGGCUUAGCCGAAGUCGGGUUGCGGGGUCAGCAGCUUAAGCAAAGAAGUCCAGACUUCCCUCUCCCCAGCUACUUCGUCCAGCACUUCCCGGGGGGAUCCUGAGGCGUUCCCAGACCAGCUGGGCGACAUAGUCUCUCCACUGAGUCCUAGGUCUUCCCCGUGGCCUCCAACCGGGUGCUCUACACACCUCUCUAAAAUAAACUUCAACCAUAUUAAAUAUCUUAUACAUAUCUUAAAAUUAAUACUCUCGGUUCUUUAAAGUGGGAACAAUUUGAAGUAGGCAUAUUUUCUGUUCUCAGGUCACGAACAAGGUGCACCAGGGCAUGCUUGGAUGAGUUUAGGGUAAACUAGAACAAAUAUGUUGGGACAGGCGGCCCUUUGUUGGGUGCUUUUUGUGAAAAAUGGACAAAGUCUACAGUCCAAAGUAUUCUACAGCAGACUAGAAGCUUUUUUGGAUUGGAUCUCUUGGAUUGUGCAGGUGUACAUAAUGUUGUUGCUGGUCAGUUUAGGUGUCUCUCGGCCUCCAUCGAACCAAUGUUCAGGGAAUAACUCAAACCACUAUGUUAUGAAGACGACAGUGGCCAUGUGUGAUAAAACGUGGACGUACCCUACCGAGAAAACGGUGGAGAACACGGAAGAAUGUAGCCGCUGUACAAUUUAAUGUCCUUCGCUUUCCAGCGACCUCCAAUCCAUUGAGCCAUACUCCUCAUGUCAUUUACAUUCAUCCACCACACACCUUAUAGGGUGGAGGAAGCUGUUUCCAUAGUAACAAGAUCAUGACGAUAAAGGCACGUGUAUUGUCAGCACUUAGCUUCUGGUAGUUUAGGGCGCCUUCACACUUGUCAUGUUUGGUUCAGUUAAAACCAACUCCAGUGCGUUUUGCUCUGCAAACCUCGGUGAGCCGAGGGCUUCAAAAAUGGGUCUUGGCCUGUUUGCAAGUGAAUUCUGGUGUUGGUCGGUUCACUUGAGCUCAAAUGUAAACACCACACAGACUGAAGACACAAAAAAAAGUACCAACGAUAGCCACACACAUACUAGGUGUGGUGAGAUUAUCCUCUGCAUUUGACCCAUCACCCUCACCCCCUAGGAGGUGAGGGGAGCAGUAAGCAGCAGCGGUGGCAGCACCCGGGAAUAAUUUUUGGUGAUUUAACCCCCAAUUCCAACCCUUGAUGCUGAGUGCCAAGCAGGGAGGUAAUGGGCCCCAUUUUUAUAGGAGCAUGUCGGAAUGGCAGAGAAAAUGUGUUGAAAGUGCUGUCUGCUCACUCCUCUUUAAAUGUAUAUUUAGGAACUUUUUGGGGAAUCUAAAAUGUUAACAAAGAAUAUUUGUAUACAAUAUAAGAUUAUUCUACUUAUUCAACUACAGCUGCAACGAUUAAUCAAUUAAUUUGAUUAGAAAAAAGCUCAAAUGUAUAUUCUGUUGCUUCGAUUAAAACUUCAAUAAGUUUUACAAGGACAGAUUGAUUAAAAGCGGAACGCACUGAGUACCCGGAACUUUAUAUACACAGACUUAGCUUCAGCAGUGCCACUGCAAUAGAGCGCACACAAGGGCGGUGGUGUGUAUCUUCUUUUAAAUGUUCAUUAAUGAACACAUGUUAAAAGUGCCAUCAAUGUUGGUAAUGUGAAUGUAUCAAAAAAAGAAAAAAAAGAAUGAAGGUCACAGCAAGCAGAAAAAUCUUUAUUUCAAACUAUUUUGCCUAAAAUACGCUACAAAGUGUGUUUUAGCCCAUUACUCGAACUAACUAAUCAAUAGAUUACUCGAUUACUAAAAUGAUCGAUACGUGUAGCCCUAUAUUCAACCCAGCCAAUGGCUUUUUGAUUUGGAAUAUUUGAGUUGCAUCAAGUAACUAAAGCUGCCCAAUCAAGUCCUUACUUUACAUUUUUACUGCACAGCCUUCGGCCCCAUGGCCAAAACACCGCAAUGAAAGCUAAAGGGAACUGCACCAAAGUAUGAAACAAGUAUCUUUUUUAAUAAGUACUGAACCACAAGUGUGAAUGCAGCCUUAAAUCCUCCUAAGAACCAGCGUCCUUUGCAGUGGACAUUUGUUUUUGGUCUAUUUCUUUUGGCAAAUUUCGGAAAAGAAAUAGCCUUAUUAUGCAAAACGUCCACUGUAGAUGACGCUAGCUCUCAGAGGGCUUUUCUAUACAAAUAUCUGAUACAGGAUCUUUUUAUAUGUCUUGUUUUUUGACUACUGAGUGAGGCACCCAGCUUUGUAUGUUAGCGUUCAUUCCCACACUGAAGCCCCAAAUUAUUUAAAGAAAGACAAAAUCUGUAUUUAUGUAUGCAGUGAAGACUUUUUUCUAAAAUGUUUUUAUUGUUUUGUAAAUAGGUUUCUUCUCCUGUGGUAAAAAGGCAAAAGUAAAGGCACAUCUAAUUGCUACAAACAACAGUUUUAGAUUGUAAGCAUAGAUAAUGCAGCAUUCCUUUGUUUGAUUAAACAGCAAUUGCAUGCUUAAGGAAGACAUUUUUAUGUCCUGAAUUGGAAGCAUUUUGAUAAGCAUGAGUCAUGCCAAAUAAAGCCCCGGUCAAAACAUAUACAUAGAACUACUUUGCACGCUACAUGGAAACCAUAAUAGCUAUGCUGGGACAUGCAGCUCAAAUGCCUUCUUGCCACAGCCUUUUGGUAUGUGUGCUCUCUCAACACACACAAAAACCAAAACAAGACGUUCUCCACUAUUGAAUGCAUUGACAGGAAUACCAAAAGGCCCACAGAGUUUGUUUAUAGAUUGUAUAUAGGCCGAAAGAGGAGAAUGACGCAGCAGCGGAUGAUCAUGAUGUCAAACCACAACACCCAAAAACUCUGCACUGUUGAGUGAGCAGUGCAUCAUGUACAAAAAAAAUAUAUUUUGUAGAAAAAAAUUAAAGAUAAAUUAUUUUUUGAAAUAUAUUAUAAGCAUGUGUUUAGUGUAAAUAACGUCAAAAGUUUAAAUUGAUUUUAUAUCCUGUAUUUUUUUAUAUUUUGGGGGUGGAGGCUUCAAGAAGCAGUUCCAUGUAUUCAUUUCAUUUGUUUUUUGCAAGCACUAACAAAUCCUAACAAAUUUGUAUCCAUGUGCACCGUCUUCCGACUAAAUCAGUCACCGACUGUUGGAUCCGAUCUGUUUGUAUAAUCUACGAUUUUUGUGAAAAAAGCUAUAUGAUGUUGUCACUUUUACACAUUUACACUUUUUUUUUGUUAGGGUUUUUGCUGUGCAUGUAAAACAAACAAACAUGUACUGCAUCAAUGAUACCAUACAGCAACAAUGUUUUGUCAUGUCUUAUGGGAAGCCUAAAUUAUUUUUUCCUCUACCUCAUGUGUAUAGCUUGUAGACGUAAACAGAUCACAAAUGACUGGUAAGAAUGUAUUUAAGUUAUUUAACAUCUUUGUGUAACAAAG